AUGCGCACUCACGUAUGGCGCAAGCAACUCACUCGCCUCUCACAGCGAGGUCAGCGCUUGCCCUUCCAGCGUCGUCGUGCCUUCCACUCCUUCACUCGUCAACUUGAAGCCCAUCCCAAUCCGAAUCAGGAAACUGCCAAUCUCGAAAAUGCCGUCUCGGAAACCGCAACCAAACCCGCGCCUUCCACACGUCGUGCUAGAUUAGCCCAGCGUCGUCCCAAGGAAGUCACUCCUUUCACUGUCCCGGAUUGGUUCUUGCGUUACAAUGUCCGGCUUCAUGCUCCUUCCGAUGAUGCUACCGCCAAUAAGGAAUCUCGUUGCUGGACUUUGGUUGAUCGCGACUCCGGCCACACUGUCCUAACCCUCCCUUUCACCGCCAACCCGUCCGACCCAUUGAACGAUUUCUUUACGCCCUCGGACCACACUAAGCAAGAAGAGAACAAGGAGAUUACCACUCCAUCUCAAGAGGAGGAUUCUGUUCAGGAUGAUGUUGCCCGUGCUGUUUCAAACCACUUGUCUGCUCCUUCUGCUCUUCAAACCCCAGACUCACGCACCCUGCUCUCGCUCCAGUUACAACUCCUUCUGUAUGCUGCCUUCACUCAGACAGGCCCUUCGGCUGCCCGUUACACAAAGUCAAACAUCGACCUGAACACCAGAGAUUUUGUCCAUAAAGAGCUUGAUGUUUAUGUGCAGCAGAUCGCUGGACUGGUCCAAGCUGACUUGAUUCAUCUCGACGCAAACGAUAUCGCUGAGCUCGCGCAGGAUUACGUCGAGCGUGGAGACUCUGCCCCUGGCUCUAUCUCAUCGUUAGCUUACGACACUUUCAGAGGUCUCACUACUAAGAAGCCUGACAUUCAGAUCAACAUAAUUGGCGAGUCGGCCAGAGAUGAUGGCCACGACGAUGGUGAAUCUGAACACGCUCAUGAUAUGGCUGAUUCUGACAUGGGCAACCCUCCCAUGAUGGGCGGCCAUAUUGGUGAUCUCAUAGAUUUUAUCAGGGACAACCCGAAUGUGCUCGCCAAAGCUCAGAAGCAUGGAGCCGCCGUCCUUGCUAUGGCCGACAUGCCAAAAGCCAACUCCCAAUCUUCAGAAGAAGCCCGCUCUCGUGCUGCCGACAUCAGCCCAUGGGCCGAGCUGAAAUUAUCUAACCUUCUCGAUACUGUCUUGGACAGCGUACAAAUUAGGAGAAAUUCUUCCACUGAAAACGCUGCUCGUGAUUUCUUCUACGAAGCAAUUCCGUCCACCCCAGACACGAUCACAUCCUCCCCACCAACUAAAGACGGCCUGGAACGUUUCUUGACCGAAUUCCUUGCAAGUCGUAUCGAUUCUGCUACACAGGAACACAAGAUGGACUGGAGCUUCAUAAAAGAGUCUGCUCCAUCACAAUCCACUCUGCCACAGCAACGGACUAUCAUCCAUGUCCGUGAUAUGGAUCACAUACGAAAUGCGCCUCAAGGAGAAACUAUCAUCAACCUUCUGGUUAGUGCCGUGCAGCGCCGAAGGAAGGAUGGCGAGCAAAUUGUCAUACUUGGUACUACAGCAAACUCCAGUCAAGCUCCUCCGCCUCCUGGCCAGGACGACGACGAGCUUUAUUUCCGAUACCUGAGAUACCCUUCAGCAUCGUCACCGACUCAGAACAUUGCGAGCCAGUUGAUGCUCGCGUCUCACAGCCAACAAGAGUUGGAGCGUAGUGUAGCCGAACCCGCUCUCCAGAGGCUAUUCGAGAUCAACAUGCGCCAUAUUCACACUAUGGUUCGUCAUCUCGGCUUACCAACCUCUGACAAUUUCUUCUCGGGACCUACCCGCGCACAUCUCAAUAUCCCAGGCACUUCGAAAUUAGGAGACAGGACUUUACCUCAAGACGAGAUUCAGAGGAUUGUCCUUUGUGCAGACAGCUUGCGGUCACUUUACACCACCAGCCCUUCUCUCGAGACUUCCCAUAUUGCACUUGCCGCCAUGCUUGUCAAUACUGUUGACAGUGCGCUGAAACCGCCGCCCGGUAACAUAUCCUUCAACUCCGUAAUUCCCCAGGCUCGUGAGCGUGGUGAAUCUCGAGACGAAUCUGAUGGGCCCAAAGACUCUACCUCUGCCAAAUUGGACAUGGAGAAGUUGAAGAAGUCAUGCUCCAAACAUGAGACACGUCUCUUGUCAGGGGUCGUCGAUCCCGCAAGCCUGCGGACCACAUUCAAUGAUGUGCAUGCUGACCCGAAUACGAUCGAGUCGCUCAAAACCUUGACUUCACUAACAUUGCUGCGUCCGGAAGCUUUCAGCUAUGGUGUGCUCGCAGCCGAUCGUCUACCUGGUCUUCUACUAUAUGGUCCUCCUGGUACCGGUAAGACCUUGCUCGCUAAGGCUGUGGCUAAGGAGUCAUCUGCCACUGUGCUUGAGGUCAGUGGUGCACAAGUUUACGAAAAAUACGUAGGCGAGGGCGAGAAGAUGGUCGACGCAGUCUUCUCACUAGCAAAGAAGUUGUCACCUUGUGUAGUCUUCAUCGAUGAGGCUGAUGCUCUCUUCGGCUCUCGCGGUGGUGCCAACAAUCGCACCACACACCGCGAGAUCAUCAACCAAUUCCUCCGUGGGUGGGACGGCAUGGACGACCACAGCGUCUUCAUGAUGGUUGCCACUAACCGUCCCUUUGAUCUAGACGAUGCUGUAUUGCGUCGCCUGCCUCGUCGCUUGUUGGUCGACCUUCCUCUCGCUAAGGAUCGUGAAGGUAUCCUCAACAUUCACUUGAAGGGUGAGACCCUUGACCCAGCGGUCUCACUAUCCGAUCUGGCCAAGAACACGCCUCUUUACUCUGGUUCGGAUCUUAAAAACUUGUGUGUGGCUGCUGCGCUUGCCGCAGUGCGUGCCGAGAACAACGCUCUGGAAGCUGCUCGCGCGAAGGGCGACACAGAAUUCAAGUUACCAGAACGCCGCACGCUCGCACCUUCACACUUUGAGAAGGCUCUACAAGAGAUCUCUGCGUCGGUAUCUGAGGAUAUGGCAACGCUAGGUGCAAUCCGCAAAUUCGACGAGCAGUACGGUGAGAAGAGAGCUCGCACUAAGAAGCCUGGAUAUGGCUUUGGUUUGGGCUCUAGUAAUGCCAUUGAUGAGACUGGUGCUAGAGUUAGACCUGAUGAUCCUAGUCCAUAG